AUGCUGGAUACUGGAGCAGCGGUGACGGUGGUGAGCAAAGAAGUUUUUGACCAGGCUUUUCCCAAGGCCAAUCUACAAGAAUCAAAUGUACAACUCGUUUCAGCUAGUGGUGACCCUUUGAAAGUGAUUGGAAAGACGGAAAUGAUACUGGCCCUUGGCCAUCUUCAAGUGACAUUUCCUGUAACGGUCAUAGACAAUUUCAGAUUUCAGUGUCUCCUUGGCAACGAUUUCAUGGCAAAGCAUGGCCUACGUAUUCAGUAUGAUACGAAGACUGUUGUGUUUAGCGAUGGAAAAUGUGUACCUUUCUUCCAACUGGCCGGGAAAAGAUCCGCAUUCUUGUGUACAGAUGUGCUGGUGCCCCCUGAGCGAGCUAUGGUGAUACAAGCCAAAAUAAAUGGAGAUGAAGAAGGACUGCUUCUGUUUGCUGAGAGACAACCAGGAAAAUCAACAACAAAGAUCCACGUGGCAAGUGUGCUGACCAAAUGUAGAAAAAACGGAAGAGUAGCACUUGAGAUUAUGAAUGCAACGAAGAGCCCAGUUCAACUGAAGCAAGGAGAUGAAAUGGCAGAGUUGGAACUUUUCCAGGAGAUCAAAGCAGAACAAGUCAAGGACAAAACAAUGACAGUGAUAAGACCUUCUGAUCUGAACAUUGGGCAUCUCUCCACAGAAGAACAACAACAUUUGUGCCAUGUUUUAAACGAAAGUGGAGUUGCUGGUCAGAAAAAACUUGGACGAACCACGGUGAUGGAACACAGUAUUGACACUGGUUCUGCUUCUCCAAUAAAACAAAGACCAUAUCGGUUGUUUUGGUCACAAAGCCUGAUGGAACAGCAAGAUUUUGUGUGGAUUAUAGAAAAUUAA